GGUGAGGUUCGGGUGAGAAGGGUUGGGUUGGUGAGAAUGGUGGGUGGGAUGCGAGGGUGGCGGUCGUGGGAGUGGUAGCGGUUGAUCGUGUGAGGUGUCGUAAGGAGGGAUGUUCAAGGCCCGCCGAAUUUAUAUCGACGCCACGGAAGCUUCUCGAGCCCUGGGAUGGCGGAGUCAGAGGGGCGAGCGACGCUAGGCCGCUUCGGGGUUAGGGCAACUGACAUCAUGCCCCCGGUCGAUUGUACCCGUUCCGUUGGUUGGGUUGGGUUGGGUAUAGUGAUUGUGAUUGUGACCGAGAAGGUGAUCUUGAGGGUUCUUCUGCGAAAGGGGAUUGGUUGUGGAUGCGUGGGUUCUCGGUUGGGCGACUCUGGAGAUGGUGACUGUGAGGGUUUGUCUGGGACGGUCUGGUCAUGCCAUUGCAGUCAUCGUUGUUUGUUCUGGCGGGGUCCCGCUUGGGUUUAGCGUGUUGGCCUGCAGGCCUUCUUCACCAUCUCUUGCUUUCG